AUGACCGGUCGACAUGCUCCUCGCUCGAAGAAUGGAUGCAGCACGUGUCGUCGUCGAAAAGUAAAGUGUGGGGAAGAGCGUCCAAUCUGUAGACGAUGCUCCGCCCUGGAUAUCCCCUGCGAAUGGGGCGCUGUCAUCACGCGAGGGAGAUCGCUCCCCCCUGUCCAUAUCCAACCCCGACAGACGACCCCGACAACCCCGGUGACGCCCAUCGCGCUCGAGCAAUCCGUGUACGACUUUGAUACCACACCGCUGGACCCUCAGCUCAGCCAGACUCUAUGCCCGGAAACCGCAUACACCAGAAUAUGGGGUCCGACCCCGCUAUACCCGUCGCUAUCGGAGACUGAUGUCGCGUGCUCGAACUCGUUGAUGCUCUCGGAGCAGGACCGGACAUACUUCCAGUACUUCCCGUCGUCGUCGCUGGUGUUCUACUACAUCAAGCCGUCCGCUUGGAGCUGGUUCAGUUAUCUGUACCGGGAACCAGCUGCAGCCAGCAAGGUCAUCAUGCGCAUGAUCCUCGCGCUGUCUGCGAACGACAUGCACCGCAACGGGCUUGUCGCUCGGUCGCCUGGUCGCCCUACGGCAGAGGAUCACGCGCGCUACCACUAUGGGCUGGCAGUGAAGGAAUUCCGACACCUCCUGGAAGCGCGCAAGGGCAGUAUCUCGCGGGAUGAGUUGGAGAUUAUCUUUGCGACUAUGUUCCUGAUGAUAUCGUACGAAUGGCAGUUCGGACAGUCUGUUCAGGAUCUCCAGCUUCACCUGCGCGGCGUACGCUCGCUACUACAAGCGCAGCCUAUGCUCUUCGAGGGGAAAGAUGUGGAUGAGGUGCUGAUGUCGAUGGACAUGGCCGAAACGGACUCGAUGCCGAGAGUGUCGUUCAUUCCGGAGCAACUGCUCCUUUGGAUCAUAUACAUUGACUCCGGCUGCCAGUCAAUGGGCGCAACGGAAUCCCUCACGGAAUACGUGCUGCAAUCAGGGAACCCAUCUAUACAUCCAGACCGGCUCUACCGCUGCGCCCGUCUAUGGGGCCGGUGUUUCUGGGGCACCCAGUACCCUGACCCAGAGGUGUCAGAUGAUAUGGAGAACUACCGUGCUCUAGAACUCCUCCAUGCGGGAAUGACUCUUCGCUACAAAAUCUGGCAAGCCCUGUCCGACGACCCCGUACAGACGAGUCACCAAGCAGAGCUGCUUCGGAAGGAGAUCAUGACCACUCGCGAGCAAUUCUCCGACAUUUUCGUAACCGCCAAGUUCGCCGGACCCGCGUCCACGCGCCGCACUCUCAGCACCAUCAAUAUGGCCGUCGGCACCUUCUACGCACAAGUUCUGUUCCAUCGACGACUCUUAUACCCUCCAGGACCGCCGUUGGCAUUCCACCGCGUCGCCGUUGCCAACAUUGUCGAGAUCGCGCAGAAGCAAUACGCGGCAGACCCGCGCCUUCUCCGGCGAAUACAUUGGCCGCUGCUGAUGGCGGUCAUUGAAACUGAAGAUGUUUCCCAACGAGAGUGGUUGCGCGAGAAUCUGCUUGGCCUGCGUGGGUUCCAUUCUGAGUACGCUUGGGCUAGUGAUCUGGCGGAGGAGAUCCUGUCUCGUCAGGACCUGAGCCAGGGUAGAUACGCGGAUGUAGCCAGUUUACUGCGUCAGCGUGCGUCUGGUUGA